GCGCUCUUUUUAUGCGCACGCGCAGAAAAGAUGAUCUGUCAACAGGAACGAUGCUUUAUCAACUUUCAUGUUAGAAGCUUGUUAAAUUUUGAAGAGGUUAUGAAGUUAGAGAAUCGUCACAAAAGUUAUCAAAUUUUUUGAACGAUGCAUAUUAGUCGAAGUAAUAUAGUAUAUGCAAGCAAAUAUAAUUAAAAGGUGUCGUUUUUUAAAGCUAAUAUUGUAUCUCGUUUAAAUAGUGACACUAGUCAAAAUGGCAAUACUAGAGGAAGGCAAGACGUGGAUACUGGAAUUAGAAGCAGCAUUGCUUGAUACUGAAGCACCAUCUGCGUCUGAUAUUUAUGCAAUAUGCAGAGGUCAAGCAGUACCUGAAGAUCUUAGACCAGAUGUUUGGCAAGCAUGUUUAGAUGUUGCUGAUCGAGGUAAUCAAUUAAGUCAAUUUAAUGAAGUAUUUGAUUUACCGGAACAAAAUACCAUACGAGAAGAUUGCGUAGAAUUUGUUGCAAAACUUGGAAAUGAGGAUGAAGAUAAAGUGUUCGUUGUUUCCGAUUUGGAAUCAAUUAUAACAUAUUAUUGUAAAACUAAAGGAGUACAAUAUGAAAAAGGAAAUGGUUGGUUAGAAUUACUUGGUCCGUUAGUAGCACUAAAAUUACCACGCGCAUCAACAUACAAUUUAUUUGAGGCAAUAAAAGAGUUAUAUAUUCCAAGAGGUGAAAUAUACAGUGCUGUAUUAAGACUAUUAUUGUUAUAUCAUGAACCAGAAUUGUGUUCCUUUUUGGAUACAAAAAGGGUAUCACCUGAUCAAUAUGCAAAAGGAUGGGUGAAUACUUUAUUUGCUGGUGUAUGUUCAUUACCAGCUGUAUGUACAAUGUGGGAUUUGUAUUUCAUGCAAGCUGAUCCUUUUUUUAUGUUAUUUCUUUCUCUUAUAAUGGUAAUAAAUGCAAGAGAGCAAAUAUUAAGCAUGAAAGAUGAAGAUAAAGAAAGUAUAAUAAAUGCCAUAUCAAUGAUGCCAUGUGCUUUGGAAGCUGAAGAUGUAACAGAUUUUUGUUCAUUAGCACAAUAUUAUGCAAUGAAAACGCCAUCGUCUUUUAAACACGACCUAUACCCUGUUAUGUUUGGUGAUAAUUAUGAAAAUAAAUUGAUAUCGCAUGCUUUAUGUUUACCGGUAUCUGCACAAGAAUUAGUAGAAAAUACUAUUGAAACUCCGCCCAUGUCUAACAAUUCUGUUGAAUCGGUUAGAUUUUUUUUAGUUGAUUGUAGACCUGCAGAACAAUAUAAUGCAGGACAUUUGCCAACUGCAUUUCAUUUGGACUGUAAUUUGAUGUUACAAGAACCAGCUGCAUUUGCUACUGCGGUACAAGGAUUAUUACAAGCACAACGUCAUGCAAUAGCUGUUGGUUGUUACGCAGGAGGAGAACAUCUUGUCUUUUUAGGUAGUGGCAGACAAGAGGAAGAUCGAUAUACUCAUAUGGUAGUGGCUUCUUUUUUGCAAAAACACACUCAAUAUGUGAGCAUGGUUACUUCAGGGUAUCAAGCAAUACAUGAGUAUUUUGGAGACGAAGUGGUUUCUAGUUUGGUCGAUCAUAAUUCGCAACAUUGUUUGGUAUGUAAUGCAAACAUGUCGGAGACUAAUUCUAACGAAGCAACUCCAAAUAAAACUAAGAACAAUAAUAUCGAUCUGUUUGGAAAAAUUGGUAUGGUAAUGAGAUUGAAGAGUCAAAAAGUAAAAGGAAAACUUUUUGAUUAUAUAGUUAAUCCUUCUGCAAGUGUUAAUAGUAAUAUGGAUAUGAGGGGUAAUAAAGAUGUAGAAUAUAUUAGACGAUCAAGAAAAACACCACCAGUUUUUAGUAUUGAUGAUGAUCAAGAAUUAGAUAUGACAAUGACCAAUAAUGAAAGUGAAGAACCUAUCGAGGUUGUGUCUAUCCAACAAUGGAUGAAAGAUCCUAAAUUAUUACAUUCCUUCAAGUGUAAAGAAGUUAAAGUUAAUGGAGACCUUUGUAAUAGCUUAUUGUUAAUUACUGAUAGUCAUCUCAUUGUACUCCGUGAGAUACAAGAACGUAAAGGUGCAGCACACGUAAUUGUUAAACGUCCUUUAACUAGUAUUGUUAAAAUAACGUCCAGAAAACGACAUUCAGACCUAAUUACUUUCAAAUAUGGUACUACACAAUUUAAUCAUACAGUGAUCACAGAUAUGGAUAAAUUUCUUAUACCUAAUGCUAGCGAAGCAACUACAUUAAUCACAGAACAAAUUCUAAAACAAUUGGAACCAUCUAACGAAAGUAAUGUAAGUUCUAAAUGAGUAUAAUAAUUGAAUUAUAGUAUAUAAUGAUUUUAAUUGCAGAAUAAAUUCAUUUGUGAAUAAUAUA